GCUGUCUGGAGGGGUUCGGGGUCUACCCAGCGCAGCUCUGUGCUCCGGAUCCUCUGCAGUCCGCAUCAGCAAAGUGUCUCGGCAUCACUUCUCGUCCUUCCUCCGGUGUCCAUUCCGCCGUCAUGUGAACGGGAGGUUCACGCUGCCGUCUCCCGGACCCCUCCUCCUCCUCCUCCGUCGAGCUCAUUCGUCAGCGGCGACCACGUCCUUGCCCCGGCGGUCCCGUUCAGGGGUAGUGUCCCCCCCGGUUGGUCCCGCAGCCCCUCUGCGCGCGGCGGAGCGGAGGAUGAGCGAGCAAGGGAAGGGCUCGGCAUCCGCCUCUGCCGCGGCCCCGGCGCCGGGGUCGGAUACCUACAAGGGCUGGCUGUUUAAAUGGACUAACUAUUUGAAAGGGUACCAGCGGCGGUGGUUCGUCCUCAGCAAUGGCCUGCUCUCCUAUUACAGGACGCAGGCAGAGAUGGCGCACACGUGUCGUGGAACUAUAAAUCUGGCCACGGCGCACAUCGACACGGAGGAUGCCUGCAAUAUCGUGCUGAGCAGCGGCGGCCGCACUUACCAUCUGAAGGCGAGCACAGAAGUGGAGCGACAGAGAUGGGUCACAGCGCUGGAGCUGGCCAAAGCGAAAGCCAUCCGCAUGAUGAAUGAUCAGUCUGAUGACUCGGGAGACGAGGAGCCCACAUCCCAGUCGGACCGCAGCGAGAUCCAGGGCACCCUGAAAAUCCUCGUCAGCAAACUAGACGACCUCAGCACGUGUAACGACCUGAUCGCCAAGCACGGCGCGGCCCUGCAGCGGUCCCUGAGCGAGCUCGAGGGCCUGAAGGUUCCCGUGGAGGGAGGAGAAAAGAUCAAGGCGGUCAACGAGCGAGCCACCCUCUUCCGCAUCACUUCCAAUGCUAUGAUCAAUGCGUGCCGGGACUUCUUGGACCUAGCCGAGACGCACAGUCGGAGAUGGCAGCGGGCGCUGCAGUAUGAGCGAGAGCAGCGCACCCAUCUAGAGGAGACCAUUGAGCAGCUAGCCAAGCAACACAACAGCCUGGAGCGUGCGUGGAGAGAAGCACCCACGCUUGUUUCCAGCACACCCAGUGCCCCGACCACCAACAAGGGGAGCGAGAGGCCGCGUAAAGAAGAGGCAAGCGAUGAAGAUGAGGAUACUGAGUACUUUGAUGCCAUGGAGGACUCCCCUGCGUUCAUCACAGUGACUGCCAGUGAGAACACACAGCACAGGCGAUCUCAGAGCAGUUUGAGUGGCGCGAGCGGCGGCCAGCCCAGCGACUGGAACCAGGACGACCACAUGUCUCCCGGCUGUAACGAUGUGUCGGGAAAGGAGCUGCAACCCCGCAGACAGAGGCGGACUCACAUCCCAGACAAACCCAACUACUCCCUCAAUUUGUGGAGCAUUAUGAAGAACUGCAUCGGCAAGGAGCUGUCGAAAAUCCCCAUGCCUGUGAACUUCAACGAGCCUCUGUCGAUGCUGCAGCGCCUCACCGAGGACCUGGAGUACCACGAGCUCCUUGACAAAGCAGCGCGCUGCGAGUCCUCCCUGGAGCAGAUGUGCCUUGUCGCUGCCUUCUCCGUGUCCUCCUACUCCACCACGGUCCAUCGGACAGCCAAGCCCUUCAACCCCCUCCUGGGGGAGACCUACGAGCUCGACCGCCGGGAGGAGUUUGGCUACCGCUCGCUGUGUGAGCAGGUAAGCCAUCACCCCCCUGCGGCUGCACAUCACGUGAUUUCCCAAAGAGGCUGGACCUUGUGGCAGGAAAUCACCAUUGCCAGCAAGUUUCGUGGCAAAUACCUUUCCAUAAUGCCUCUGGGUGCCAUACACCUGCACUUCCACUCCAGCGGGAGCCACUAUGUGUGGAGAAAGGUCACCUCCACCGUGCAUAACAUCAUUGUGGGGAAGCUGUGGAUCGACCAGUCGGGGGACAUUGAGAUCGUGAAUCACAGAACCAAGGAGACCUGCCAGCUCAAGUUCUCUCCAUACAGCUAUUUCUCCAGAGAUGUUCCACGGAAGGUGACCGGUGUGGUGGCAGACAGCUGCGGCCAGGCUCACUACAUCCUCUCUGGCACGUGGGACGACAAAAUGGAGAGUGCAAAGAUCAUCCAGAGCAGCAGAGGGGGCGGCGGAGAGGGCAAGCAGAAGACAGUCUAUCAGACUCUCACCCCAAAGCUGCUGUGGAAGAAGUACCCUCUCCCGGAAAACGCCGAGAACAUGUACCACUUCUCUGCGCUGGCACUGACCCUGAAUGAGCAGGAGGACGGAGUGGCGCUGACCGACAGCCGCCUGAGGCCCGACCAGAGGCUGAUGGAGGAGGGGCGGUGGGACGACGCAAACUCCGAAAAGCAGAGGCUGGAGGAGAAACAAAGAGCCGUGAGACGACGGAGGGAGGCAGAGGCAUCAGACGCUCUGGAUGAAGAGUGUGAAUAUGACUCUGGUCGAGAAUACGAAGGCUACCAGCCGCUGUGGUUCCACCAGAGGAGAGACUCCAUCACUGGAGAGACAAACUUUGUGUACAAGGGAGGUUACUGGGAGACGAAGGAUAAACAGGACUGGAGCAUGUGUCCUGACAUCUUCUAACCCGGGAAAACACACGCACGUACACACACACACACACGCACGCACACACAGACACACACCAAACCUCAUGGGACAGGGAUCUGCUCGUCUCCUGGUCCCGAUGCAAAGGGAGUGUAGCUGGCCCAGGAGCGCCGUGCGGACCCGUGUGAGCAUGAGAAUGUGUUCGUCUCACACCUCCUCGGAUUACACUGUACCUCCAAAUGUACACUCUCGCUCAAUUUUUUUUUUUUUUUUUCUAAAAGGGGAGAAGAGUGGGGUGUUUCCUGACUAGACCUCAUUGACACUGUCCUG